AUGUCUCGAACUCGCCAGCCAGGAAACGCCCAACGCCAAACAAGCACCGAAACCUCUCAAGACCCGCCCCUCCAAUUCUCCGGCAGGACCCUUCGGUUGCGGGGUGAGGAUGCUCCCAGCGUCACACCGGAGCCAUCUUCCUCUCGACGGAUCAGAUGGAGUGAAGACGUCGUAGACAACGAGGGAAUGGGAAGGAAAAGUUCAAAAGUAUGCUGCAUCUACCACAAAGCUCGGCCAGUGGGCGAGAGUAGCUCUGAAUCCGAGUCCUCAAGCUCCUCGGAUUCAGACAGCGAUAGUGAGACCGACCGUCGCAGAAACAGGUCAAAUCAACCUCACUCGCAUCCCCGAGGACGACAACCGGCCGGGGAGGAGGGCUCAUCGGAUCAAUCGCAAGACCAGGGCUCAGAUGCCUGCUCACAACAUCGCCACCGCCGUUCCAAACCAAAGAGAAAACCAAGUCCGAACGCAUAUGAGAAGAUGCCGCGAUCAUCUAAGAAUUCAUCUCGAGGAACAACAUGA